GGAAAGACUAUUUACUUCCUCUCUUCAAGUGAGCUGCCUGCGGCCUGUAAGGGCUCAGUGUAUCUGCGGCGACUUCGCUCUGAUGUGACAGCAUGAGGCGGUUGCUACCCUCAAUGGCUCUGCUGCUCCUAGCAUUUGUUUCGCCCUUUUGUCUUGCAGUUUCUGCUGGCACACAAGCUGCAAACCUCACAAAGGCUGUGGUGGUCCUGGAGCCUCCAUACAAUAGGGUCCUCACGUUGGACAGUGUGACUUUCAAGUGCCAGGGGACCGAUCCCUUUGGGGACAGUUCCACCCAGUGGCUGCACAAUGGGACCCUCAUCUCAGAUCAGACCAGCUACUUCAUCAAAGUCGCCAGGAUUGAAGACAGCGGCGAGUACAGGUGCCGGAAGGGACUCUCUGAACUCAGUGACCCCGUGCAGCUCGAAGUCCACGUGGACAAAAAGUCUUGGUGUGACAUGAGUUCUCCUGAGGGCCCAGUGGGCUUUUUCCCGAAGCAAGCUCUGCAGGGAUGGCUCCCAGGCUGGCUCUCCAUGGCGCCCCAGGAUCUGGGUGGUGAGUGUCCCCUUCCCAAGGUCUUGGCUCUGAUUGCUGAGGCCCCCGGGCCGUGGCCUCCGUGUCUUUCAGGUUGGCUGUUGCUCCGGACGCCUCGGCAGGUGUUCCAGGAGGGGGAGCCCAUUUGGCUGAGGUGCCACAGCUGGAAGAACAAGCCCGUAUGGAAAGUUCAAUAUUUCCAGAAUGGAAAAAGCAAGAAGUUUUCUUAUAAUAAUUCUGACUUCCACAUUCCAGCAGCAACAAGCAAACACAGUGGCUCCUACUUCUGCAGGGGGCUUAUUGGGAAGAGAAACGAGUCUUCAGAGCCUGUGGACAUCAUCAUUCAAGGUUCAGCAGUUCCAUCCACCUUACCACUCCUACAUUGGCCCCAAAUCCCUUUCUCCCUGGUGAUGGUACUUCUAUUUGCAGUGGACACGGGACUGUAUUUUGCUGUGCAGAGAGACCUUCAUAGCUCAAUGAGGGGCUGGAAAAACAGCAAAGUCUCCUGGAAACAGGGCCCUUAGGACAAAUGGGGGUAAUAAAAGCAGCACCUUUGAGCCUCCUUCUGGAUUCACAACCCCAUCAUCCCCACCAGGCAGCUCUGGGAGCAGCAGGAAAACCGCACCUCAGGAUCUGGGCUGAGGAUCUUCCACUCAACUCCAUUCUGUCUUGGUCUCUGCUGGAAAGGAAGGGUCUGCGAUCUCUGGGGGCCAACCAUGAAGCCCCAGUGAGUAGACACAGUACUCAGACUUGAAGUCUCAGAGCUACCCAGAUACCUUCUCUGCCCUACUGUCUGUCACAGCAAAGCCACAAUGUAGACUGUGGGUGGUGACCCAAUGUAUGAACUUGUUCUUAAAUAACUGGAUAAGUAAAUAAAAGAAUUAUGGCCGA